AUGGUUGCGGACUCGACAGCAUCCACCUCUGCUGCUGCUGUGGCGUCGGCGCCAAGCGGUGGCAGCGCACGAAAGCGCAUCCGAAAGCGUUCGCGAAAGAGCAAGUCCAACACAAACGAUGCUGCUGGCGCCGACGAGUCGUCAGAUGAAGAGCAGCCUACAACCACUAUCACUACCACCACUACCACUGCUGCAGCAACAUCAGCACCGCUGUCAAAAUCCGCGGCCGCUACAACCACAUCUGCCAAGGCCCCCUCCGCCUCUACGUCAAAGACCACCUCAGCCUCAACCUUGACCGCAAUUAACCCGCACAAACCGUCGUUCAUCACACGCCCCACCACGACGGGAGGACGCAAGUUCACCGUCUCGGUCGCCAUCCCGGGUUCGAUCGUGCUCAACGCGCAAUCACCGGAGCUGCAGAGUCGACUGGCGGCACACAUUGCGCGUGCGUGCGCGAUUUUCAGUGUUGACGAGAUCGUCGUGUUCGACGAAGGCGAGGUGAGGACAGGCGAGGGCGACUUGUACCAGCAUCGGCAUAACCAGCAGAGCAGGGGGACUAAGCGGCGCUUCACUCAGGGAGGCGAAGGUGAACAGGAGCAGGAGGUGGAUGGUGAGGGCGAGGAAAAGGAAAAGGCAGGGUUUGAUCCGCAUACGUAUCUGGCUAGGGUGCUGCAGUACCUCGAGACGCCGCAGUACUUGCGCAAGGCGCUGUUCCCGAUGCAUCGCGAUCUGCGGCUGGCCGGGCUGAUGCCGCCGCUCGACUGCCCGCACCACCUACGCUUCGAGGACCAGAGCGAGUAUCGCGAAGGUGUCACGGUCGAUACACCGCACUGGGCGAACCGCAGUCGCGGGCAGAACAGCGUCUACGUUAAUGUCGGGUUGCGCGAUCCCAUCGAAGCUGACCUGCCUCCGACCGCGCACGUGGACUCAGGCACUAGGGUCACAGUCAAGAUGCCAAUGACCAACUACGAUCGCGGCCAAGUCGUCUCCCCGCGCGAACCGGUCGAACGUCUGGGCUGGUACUGGGGCUACAGCGUCCGCCUGGCGUCCUCGCUCUCGUCGGUCCUCACAAGCUGCCCUUUCUCCACGGAGGCCGCCUACGACCUGGUCAUCGGUACAUCCGAACGCGGGGUCUCGCUCACAGACCUCGCGCUGGCCACUGCCAACUCGACCCCCGUCGCGCUCGCGUCGGGCGAGACCGUGGAGCCUCUCCCGCAGACGUUCGAGCAUGCGCUUGUGGUGUUCGGCGGGCUCAGUGGGCUGGAGCUCGCCGUGGAGCAGGAUGCCGGGAUCCAGUUGGAUCGGCAUUCGGCGAGCCAGCUGUUCGAUGCGUGGAUCAACGUGGCCGAGAACCAGGGGUCGAGGACGGUCAGGACCGAGGAGGCCAUUAUGAUAGCGCUCGCGAGGAUCAAGCCGAUUCUGGACGAGGUUGCGUCGAGGAGGUAG